AUGGAAACGUUUGUCCACACACCCAAGCUGCACGAUGAGGUGCCGGCGCUGAGCUGGAUGUUUCCGUUCCAGUACGAGCGCGAUUGGGAGGUAUCAUGGGAACUUGACUUUUGUAAAGACUCGCUGCUGAUGGUCGUCUCUCUCAGCGCUGCUUACUGUUUUCUAUGCUUUGCUGGCCGCCGUAUCAUGCGAGACCUCAAGCCCUUCAACCUAAAAGUUGCGCUAGCACUCUGGAACUUAGGGCUGGCCAUGUUCAGCGCCAUCGGCGCCUUCAGAACGGUGCCCUUCCUUAUCAAUACUAUGUACCGCCGCGGUGUGUACCACUCGGUGUGCGCUCCGCCCACGUUGCACUAUGGUCGAGGACCCGUAGCGCUCUGGGUGCUGCUUUUCAUUUUCUCCAAAGUUCCCGAGCUCUUGGACACGGCUUUUAUCGUGCUUCGCAAGAAACCGCUCAUCUUCCUGCACUGGUAUCACCACGUCACAGUGCUUCUCUUCUGCUGGCAUGCCUUUGCAACACUCUCAGCUAGCGGCAUCUACUUUGUAGCCAUGAACUACUCGGUGCACGCCAUCAUGUACUUCUACUACUUCCUCACGGCGUGCGGCUACCGACCACCCUGGGCGCGUCUCGUGACAAUCUUUCAACUGAGCCAAAUGGGCGUGGGUGUCGCCGUAUGCGGUCUUAACGUGUACUACAUGAAGCAAGGCGUCACUUGCAGCGUGGACCCGGACAACCUCAAAUGGGGUAUUAUUAUGUACUCGAGUUACUUUGCCCUAUUUCUCAAGUUUUUCAUCGAGCGCUACCUGCUACAAAGCACCAACAAGCCUGCAGCAAAGAAGAUUCAGUAA